AUGUUGGGGUUGGUUUUGUCUGUUCUGCUCAUUUUAACCCUGCAAACCCAUGACAGGGUAGUGGAGGGACUGGAGCAGCAGGCUUAUUACACCAAGUACCACACCAUGGAUGAGAUUUCCAAGUGGAUGAUGAUGAUGGAGAAUAAUCAUCCUGACAUCGUUACCAGCAUCAUGUAUGGAACCACAUAUGAGAAGAGGAACAUCACGAUGCUGAAGAUUAGUCUGGACAGCCCCGAGCCGAAGAAGAUAAUAUGGAUGGACUGUGGGAUUCAUGCUCGAGAAUGGAUUGCUCCAGCUUUCUGCCAGUACUUUGUGAAGGAGAUCCUGAACUCCUAUAAAACAGACCCAAAGAUCAGCAGGAUGUUGAAACAUUUGGACUUCUACAUCACCCCAGUGCUGAACAUGGAUGGAUAUGUGUACUCGUGGAAAGACAACACGACACGAUUAUGGAGGAAGACAAGGUCACUUGGACAUGAUGGCUGCACGUGUGUUGGCACUGAUCUCAACCGCAACUUCUAUGCUAACUGGGGAAUGGUAGGUGUUUCCAGAGACUGCUGUUCGAAUAUAUAUAAUGGGCCGGGUCCUCUUUCCGAGCCCGAGGCCCAGGCAGUGACGGACUUCCUCAGCACCAAUCGAGACAGGAUCCUCUGCUUCUUCACCAUCCAUUCCUACGGCCAACUGAUCCUGCUGCCUUAUGGGCACCCCAACAUCUCCGCCCCCAAUCAAGAUGAGCUGAUGAAAGUAGGUCUGGCUGCAGCAGAGGCCAUUAAAGCUGUUCAUGGAAUGAGCUACACAGUGGGAACGCCUCCUAACGUUCUGUACCCCAAUUCAGGCUCGUCUCGUGAUUUUGCACGUCUCAUCGGCAUCCCAUUUUCCUUCACGUUCGAGCUGCGUGAUAAAGGCGAGUAUAAAUUCUUGCUGCCAGAGGACCAGAUCCAGCCCACAUGUGAGGAGGCAUAUCAGGGCGCGCUGUCCAUCAUCUCAUACAUCCACGAUAAAACCUAUGCCAUUGGAGCAACUACAAGUAUCACAGCUACACUGUGGAAUGUUGCCCUUGCUGUGGGGCUCUCCAAUGCCUUGUACCUGAACUGA